UAUUAGACAGAUAAGGGCUUCCCUUGAAUCUUGUACUGGCAGGGCUUUUUUGACGUUGAUUUUUUGCAUGCCAACUCAAAUAACGCUCUUACCCUUUGUCAUUCUUUUUCUCUUUUUUCUCCGCAGUCAUUAUGAGCAGGAUCGCUCAGCACUGAAAAAGAAGGAAUGGGAGAGAAGGACGCAGGAAGUGCAGCAAGAUGAAGACUUGUUCUCGACUGGAUUUAAUCUGUUUGGCGAGCCAUACAAGACUAACAAAGGUGACGCCCUGGCCAACCGGGUCCAAAACACACUCGGAAAUUAUGAUGAGAUGAAGGAGCUCCUGACCAGCCAUUCCAACCAGAGUCACCUUGUGGGCAUUCCUAAGAACUCUGUUCCCCAGACUCCCGUGGAGAAACCCGACCAGCCUGGCUUUUUCCCUGAGGCUCAGCGGAGCCGAGCUGCCCCCUCCCAACCUGGAAGCCACAGAACUUCCAUGCCCCCACCCCCUGCUAACACACUGUCGGCAUCUAGCGUUGUACAUGGGCAUCCAAGCAACAAAAAGUCACGCUCCUCAGACUGGUCCCGAGGGGGUCACAGUUCAGGUAGCACCCAGAGUGCUCAAGCAGUCGCCCGGGGGAAGCACUCCAGUCAUGAACAGACCUCUAGCAGACACGAUCAGGACGAAGAGGACUCAAGUCCCAAUCCCACUGGAUCUACAACUUUGACAAACUCCAACAGGAAGCAGGCACCAUCCAGCAAAGGAUCAGCCACAGCUGAGCUUGGACUCGGAAAGUCUCCCGUUGAGCAGGACUCUUGCUCCCAUGGCUCCAAUUCACCAAUGGCCUCAACGUCCCUGCUUCCUAGUGGCCUCUCAACGCCAACAUUCCCUCAAGGCCUCCACUGUAAACCCAGCACCGCUGUGCAGCAAAAACCCACUGCCUACGUCAGGCCCAUGGAUGGCCAGGACCAGGUCCCCAAUGAUUCCCCAGAGCUCAAGCCCCCAGUGGAACUGGUGGAAGGGUACAACAGCUUGCCAUUUGGAGGUCUACUGGACUGCAAAAGCAGCACAGCCGGGACUAAGGGCAAACUUCCAAAGCUGACACUGCCACAAUCCGGGGAGGUCAGCCUGUCCAAUGACUCCAAUUGUGUGGAGGAAAUUCUGCGGGAGAUGACACACUCUUGGCCUCCACCUCUCACUGCCAUACACACACCAGGCAAAGCUGAACAGACCAAGUUUCCCAUCCCUUCAAAGGAUUCACAGCAUGUGACCUCAGGAUACAAUGGAAAACGCUGCAAUGUUCCUAGCAACAAGCCUGCAACCAAGUCGGUACCACAGAAGUCAAUGCUUGAGGAUGACCUGAAAAUCAGCAGUGAUGAAGAAGACACCGAACAGGCCACAGAGAAGCCCAAGCCCAGGAGCACUCCUCUCAACCUCCCUGGAGCCACACUGAGGACCAGCGAGCCAGCCAGUCACUCCAGUGGUGCCUCAGGGAGCUCCAGCGAAUCAGAGAGCAGCUCUGAGUCUGACUCGGACAGCGAGAGCAGCUCCAGUGAUAGUGAGUGCAAUCGGGCAUCCCGUGCCGCCACACCAGAGCCUGAACCUCCGUCAACAAACAAGUGGCAACUAGAUAAGUGGCUAAACAAAGUUAAUCCCCACAAUAAAGCACUAAUUAACACACAGCCAGACAGUCAUGGGCUUAACAGCACUCAACUGGAUGAAAGCCAAGCCUCUGAGAACCAGAGCUCCAGCAAGAGCAAAACCAGCACAGCACUGGCACCAGCAGACCCCAAGGAGCGAGCUUUGCUUAGUCCCAUCCGUGAGAAAGCCAAACCCAAGACGUGUCAGAAAACUCCAGACAGCAAAAGCACCAAGGUGAAAUCACCAGCCUCAGUGGAGCUAGCACCACCCAGGAGAAGCACUGGCAAGAAACAGCCCAAAAAGGUGGAGCGAUCUUCUAGCAGUGAGGAGCACAGCUGGCCCAGACCAGGAAACUCAAGUUCGACUCCAAAGGAAAAAGAGCCUCCGCCUUUAGAACCGCCCAAACCUAGAGGCAAGGGACCUGGAGUUAAGACAGCUCCUAGAAAAGAACCUCGGACCACCACAACAAACACUGCACUGACCAACAUCACACUAGUUCCAGAUAAGAAGAAGCACAGAGGACCCAACAAAAUCAUCCCCAAGUCCAAGGAAUUCAUCGAGACUGAGUCGUCUUCAUCCGAGUGUCACUCGGACCCUGAAGAGCUCUCCAAGGUCCAGCUUCCCUGCCCGGGUCCCAACACCCUAAGCUUGAAAUCCAAGGAUUGCAACAGCAAUAUCCUGAGCGUUAGUAGCCUUACCAGCACAAGCAGCACCUCCAUUCCUGACCCAGGUGCAUCAGAUCUCCUGGAAGAUCCUCUCUUUUCCCCAAUCCCCACUGUACAGAAUGAACUUUUAUCACCACUUAGAGACUUUGAGGACAUCAAGUCACUUUGGGUUAAGAUUGAACUCAGCUUCCUGUCACGGAUCCCGGGGCAAGAUCCCCCUGAGCCUCCCCCGACCAAGGCUGAGUGUCGGGAGGUCAGUGUCAAGCACAGGCGGCAACAGUCACCUGCGUCCAUCCCUGCAGAGAAAAACCCAAGUAAAUCAAAGAGGAAACACAAGUCUGAGCACUGUGAUGAUAUAAGUGGAGGCAAGAAACUUCGGAUUGACAAAGAUGCAAUGCUACUUCCUCCUUGUAUCUCACCCAUACAUAACCACAAGGUCCCCAGCACAAAAGAUUCAUUGAAGAAACAGCCUCGCAAGAGGAAGGAUAAACUGUUACCACCUCUAUUGUCGCCGCUGUCAGAUGAGCUGGUGGGCCGCCAGAGGAGGAGCAGUGAAUGCAGUUCCAUCAGUCAGGAGGGAAGCACCUCCACUGGCCCCAGCUUACUGCCCUCCACCCGAACAAUACCUGCCUCCACCUCCUCAUCAUCGUCAUCACACAAGCACCGCAAAGGAGGGAACAAAUCCUUCUCCCAUUCCAAGACCAACUCUGAGGAAGACAGUCACAGUAAGCCAUCCAGUGUUUUCCACGGCAAUGGUCAAUCGGACCCAGGCCUCUGGUCAAACCCAUCCACACUGUCCAUGGAGCACAUCGAACCCAGGAGACCUAAACUCACAUUUAAUAACAUUGUUCACAAUGCAGAUUACUACAUGCAAGAAGCCAAGAAGCUUAAGCACAAGGCCGAUGCAUUGAUGGACAAGUUCGGAAAAGCUGUGAAUUACGCCGAUGGCGCACUCUCGUUCAUCGAAUGCGGCAACGCCAUGGAACGAGACCCAUUAGAGGCCAAGUCCCCCUACACAAUGUACUCAGAAACUGUAGAGCUCAUCAGGUACGCGAUGAGAUUAAAGAACUUCACCAGUCAUUCCGCCACAAUAGCAGAGAAGAAGCUCGCUGUACUGUGCAAUCGCUGUUUGUCACUUCUGUACUUGCGAAUGUUCAAACUGAAGAAAGAUCACGCAAUGAAGUAUUCACGCUCACUAUUGGAGUAUUUCAAGAAUUCUGCAAAAAGUUCCCAAGCACCUUCGCCGUGGGGAGCCAAUGGAAAGAGUACGGGUACCCCGUCUCCCAUGUCCCUGAGUCCAUCUCCCGUCAGUUCCGUCAGCAGCAGCGCUGGAGUGAUGGGCUCGUCCACUUCCUCAUCUGCCUCUGGAAGUGUGGCCAUUCCCCAACGCAUCCACCACAUGGCAGCCAGUCACGUCAACAUCACCAACAACAUCCUGCGCUGCUACGAACACUGGGAAACCGCUGACAAGCUGGCCCAGGAAAGUCAAGAGUUCUUUCAGGAGCUGGACUCAGUAAUGGAAAUGUUGACGCAGCACAGCAGCAUGACAGAACUGGUACGCUACAUACGCCAAGGAUUGCACUGGCUUCGGCUGGAGGCCCAUUUGUUAUAGUGCUGGCAUUUCCACUGUGUUCCGUCUCUCUCUCUCUCUCUCUCUCUCUCUCUCUCUCUCUGUUCUUCUCUCUCACACCCUCUUCCCCACCGUUCAUCACUACCUCCACCAUCCUUGCCAUCUCCAACCCUCUAGAACCCUGAGGGGCGUCGGCAGUUAACCAAUAGCAAGCCUAAGAACUGUGAGUUAUUCCCGAGAGGGUGCUGUGUCCUGGUUCCAGCUUUGAUUCCUGUAAGGAAUGCAUCAAGAACAUCUUGCGGUCUGUUGCAGAAUAUCACAGACAGGCGGACCUGGAAGGAAGGAGUGGUGCUGUAGUUUUACGAGCGUCCAAACUUAUGCAUCUGUUACAAGGACAGAAUCUGCAAUGGUAGCAGUGGGCUAGUUAACAAAGUUGUCGAGCAACUCAGCUAGUUACAUCUGUGUUGUGGACUAGACACCAGGCACAUCAAAUUAGCUAUGUAAGGCAAGUUAGGCCAGAAACAUACAUCACGCAAGUACAUAAAUGCAGCUCUUUUUCAAAUUGAACAAAUCAAACUGACAGUUAUCCCAUCAACAUGCACUACCCCAUUGUCUUUCAUUGUUGCACAAUGCCUCCGUGCUUAUAUCUGCGUCUCCUGCUGAAUGUGUUUAGAUGCGCUCUACAAUAUGGAAUAGCCUUUCUUUCCCUCAAACCGGGGGCCCGGGACAAAAGGUCCAGUUGUCCCCCCUUAUCGGUGGCCCUGACUGUAUGGUAAACUUUGUUGGUGAUAUAAAAUUCUGCAAUAUUGUGCAUAGCGCAUUGAAUAAAUCAAAUUGAUCAUUUUGAGAUCUCUAGAGGCCUUUAAAUGUAAAUGGAGAGUAGGGCUGACUGAUACAAUGAAUAUUCACAACAUAUUCUGAAUAUAUUUGCAACGAUUUUGUUGGCAAUAUAAAAUUAAGCAAAAUUGAGAAUAGCGCAUUGAACAAAUCAAAUUGAUCAUUUUGAGACUUCUAGAGGACUUAAAUGGAAGUAGAGAAUAAGGCUGACACAUAUAGGCUAAUAAAUAUUCACCAUAUAUUCACAAUGAUUUCGUUACUAAAGUAAAAUUAUGUAAUAUUGUGAAUAGCACUGUUUAAAGCGAUUUUAUUUGAUUAUAAGUUUUCCCAAAAACCUAUUAGACUAGUUUUGCGAUCCCUCUUUGUCUGCCAGUACUCAAGGGGGUAGAUGUUUGUGGCAUUAAACAAUGCAUACUUGCGUUGUUGCAUUAUGAAUUGCGCACACAUUUCGGAACACACCAACUCAUUAUUCAAGCUUGUGUACUUAGAAACUUAUAUGUUUAUGUGCUUGUGUAGAAUAUGUUUUGUGCCUUUGCCUUGCGUGAUUGAGAUGCACAGAAAUGAGGGUACAUUUUAAAGCAGAUUAAAUGAGCUAUUAAGAGCUCAUACUCAUCUCAAUGGCAUAUAUUCAACCCUUCUCCAGAUCCAUAUGUAUCCAUUUGAAAUUCUGCUAAUCUUUCAAGGCUUUUGUAAUGACUGUAAGGGACAGUUAUGGUAGUCAAAGGUACAUUUCUCAAAUGUCACCUUCUUUCUAUUUUACAGCACUAUGACAGCUGGUAUCAGUAUGAGCAGUAUGAUAGUCUUGUUGGCUUCACUCCAAAGCUGCAUUCUCUGAGCACAAUCUCAAGUUUGCAGUAGCUGAUGGGAGAUUUCCCUGUGCAAUUAACUUAUACAUAUGCACAUAUGACAGAUUGAUAUCUCUGCUAGAGGGUAUCAGAGUAUCUUAAAGAUUUUGUUUUCCAAUAUGUACCAUAAUGACUGUGUUGUAUAUGACAGCUACUUUAACUGUUUGGUGUUUGUUCAAUCUUGCAUGUUAAUGCAAAGAGGUAGUCGGUAGAACUGAGAGAACUAUGUCAUGAGCACUAUGAGGAAUCAAUGUGUUUUGUAAAUUUGUUUUUAUUUUUAUUUCAUUUUUUUUUUUUUUUUUUAAUUCCAGCAUCUUUAGUGCUGGCUUGGUAGUGUUUAACAUUAAAAUCGUAAUCUAUAGAGAGUUUAUUAAUUCUUGUACUUCAAACUCAUAACUACAUUUUUCUAUCUCCAGAGAAACUCCUGAACAAAAGAGGUCAACAUUUUUUGACCUACGCAAUUGAAUAUUGUGAUGAAAUCACAAGCCAUUUUUAAUCAAAAGAUAAUUUUCCAUGCAUAAACUCUUUACUGAUACAUUUAAUGUUAAAUAUGAGAAAUUGUUGAUAACCUGUCAGCAAGAUACAAGCAUUUUCUCCUUGCUGGUCUGUUCAUAAGUGUAGGUAUCUGAGAAUGUGUGUGUGCGCGUGCGCGUGCAUGCGUGCAUGCGUGUGUGUGUAGCAGAUUUGCAUUGGCAGUGUAUUAUAUAGCUUCAUAUAUGUGUCAAUCUAUCAUGUGAAUGUCAGUAUGUGAGCGAGAGACAGCAGGGAUGUAUGCAUGAAAUAGACAUUUCACAAAGAUUAUUCAAAAGUGCCUGUGUAUCUAAUGGAAAUGUAUUAGAGUCUAUAUUUAAGAAUGACAAUGGAUCUGAAUGAUUUUCCAUACCAUAUUGGUAUAUCCAAUUUUUCUGUUUUCAUAACAUGACUUUUUAUUUAUUUUAUUUUGUAAAAUGGCGUUUGUGGUAUCUAUAUUGGCUUUAAUGUUCAACUUUGUGACAAGUCUAUUUCGAAUUUUCAUUUUCUGCUCUGAUGAUGAUAGAAAAUGACUGAAAAGUGAAUUACGUAAAUUUUAAAUCUUAACAUAUUGUACAGUUGAUUUUCUAUAUACGUUCUUCUUUAUGGUCGUUUCCAGACAGUUUUCACAUAACAUAGCAAGAAGUGCUUACUGAACUAAACACUGUAGCACACCAAUCAUAACUAGCAACACACAAUACAUAGAGUAAUAUUCAAAAAAGGAUCUUAUACACAAAUUUAGCAUAAAGCAAAAGUUUUUUUGGAAGCCAUUUUUAACUUACUUUGAUGCAAUGGCAAAAAGUAUCUUUAUGCAAAAAUCAAAUUAGCCUUCCCACUACAAUGUUACCAGCUGUUAUCUUACUUGUAUGGAGUCAGUUUUUUAAAUUUGUGUUGCUUUUACGGCAUCUGUUGCCAUGCUUGUUUGAGUUAUGCCAGUCUGGCAAGGAAAUCUGUGUCCCUCUGGCAUUUCAUCAGAAACAAGCAGCACUGACUAACUCUAGCAGUGAAGUAAACAACCUGCUCUGCCUAUUAGAUGCACCUCCCGUUUGUCUUGAAAUGAAAAACAAAACAGAUAUGCUUUCUGGAGCCUUUUUCUGACUUUAUGCAAGCUAUUUUUGACUUGAGAAUAAAGGGUGAUGUAUGUUGAAAGAGCAAGUGGAAAAAUAAAUUUGGUGCAAUACCAUUACACAUUUAAUUUACUUGUUUCUAAAAACUAUUAAUAGACUAAAUUUGAGCAAAUGCUGGUCUAUGUGAUUGUGUUGCUAGAAAUUGGUUUUGUACAAUGUACAGAUUAUAUUUGAUUUUGAUUUAAUUUAUAAGAAGUGGAAACAUUGAUGCAAUCAUUAAAAUGGUUUAGAAGGCCCUUGUGUGGAUUUUAAAAUGCAAUAACACAAUAUUUAUGCCAAAUUGUAAAUUGCGUAAGCUAGUAUUUGCAUAUUCAGGGAAAGCUGAUGUUUAAUUGGAAAUAAUGCUUUAAUUAUAAAGGGCACUGAGUGUGCGUCAAAUACUGGCCAAAAUAGAGUGCAAGUAAAUAUUUACUUUAAAUACUUAUAAUUAUCUAACAUAUUUUAGGAUUGCGUUAAGAACAACAAUGGAUUUAAUUAAGAACAACAAUCUUAUUUCACUGCUGAAAAUAUUAAUAUAAAAUUUAAUAAUUCAGGUUGUCCAUAGAAGUAAUACUGGGACAUGUAAUAUGAUCAAGGGAUGGAAAUAGAUUUUUUUUUAUAACAUAUUAGAGGUAGGCUGAUAUACUGAUUUUACCGAUUAAUCGGUGCCGAUAGUUGCUUUUUGGAACUAUCAUUAUUGGCUAAAAUCUAUGGUGAUAGUUGCCGAUAGUUUAUUCAUCAUUUCAAAAUAAUUGUCCCCAGUGUGUUUCGGGCUUGUUUAUACUAUUGUUAAUUUUUUCUGGUUAUUUUGGGGAUUUUGGUUGAACAAUAAACUGCAUCUGGGAUUUUAUUUAUUUAGGAUGCUUUGUCUGUGCCGAUCAUAGUAAGGAAAGUAUAAGAUUUUUUUUUUUUUGACAUUCUAUAAAAUCAGUUUUAAAAACUAUCAUCCGAUUAAUUGUUAUCUGCUUUUCCCACCACCUUAUUUAUCAGUAUCGGCAAAAUCCACUAUCAGUCAACCUCUAUUACAUAUGGCAGCACAUACUAUACAUUUAUUUAAAAACCGUAUUGUACCAUAACAACAUGAAUCAAACCUGGUGUCUCAGAAAAAUAUUGCUUACAUCAGCUAUUCAGGGCUAUAAACACAACUAGUGCAUUUGUGAAGACAUGUUUACUUUUGUCUUUUUAACAUUUACAUUUGCUGCCAUACCAUUCUGACCUCUGCUUUUGACAAAGCUUGUAGGUGGUUUUUAAAUGUGAAUGAAAAUGUAUUUAGCAUUUACCCCGCUGUCUUUUUGAGGUAGCAUAAAGUCCCUUUGAUUCUUUGUGCUUCCCAAUGAGCUGUACUACCAUGAAAAUACCCUAUCAGGAAGAACAAUCUCCAAUUAAAGUAGGCUCAGCUGGAAGCAUUCUAUUUGCUCUGCAAAUUAAACAUGCAAAUAAGACUUUGUUACUGAAACAAAAAAAAACGUAUCAUGUCAGUCAAUUAAAGAUCUUUCAAUUCCCACGCUGAUUAACAGACGCCAUUUACCAUGGUACAUUUAAAAGAACUGGCAAUGUCGCUAUGGAACACAAUACAUAAAAAGGACUUGUAUUAAAUGUGAGCACUUCUCUGGUUAUAUCAUUGAAACGUAUUCAUAUUUUUGAGUAUCCUGUGACAGGUUUAUCAAACUUGUUUACUGUCUGUGGACAAUAAUGUCAUUGUAUUGAUUUAAUUGCACAUGUUACAAAGUCAGUUUCUAACUUCAUCAGAGAUUUCCUUUAUAAAUACCUUGUUGCAAAUGCCUUGUUACUAGUGUAAACUGUAGAGAAUCAAAGAGCAGUUAUUUAGAGUCUUGUUCUGUCCAGUUUGUCUUUCUCUGUACAGUUUAGAGUCGUGCACCAUGAUUUGUCCUUUUGAGAUUGUAAUCACAUCAAGGCUACCCAUCCAAAGCUUUGAAUAUAUGAAGAUAAGCAACAUAUCUCAUUCCUAUCAUGGCAUAUGAGUCAGCCUUUCUGCUACAAUAUCCCAUUUUCAGUUAAAUUACCACCUGGAGAAUCAUGUUCUUGGUUUUUGAAUCCGAAUGUUCAGAUGAGUAACGCUACAAUGGAUUUCUUAUACAAGAAAGGUAUUUACUCAACAAGGCAAUACUUCUUACUUAAGGUGGAUUGUUAGAAGCCAUUAAAGUAACCAAAUGAAAGGCAAUGUACUGUAUUAAAGUACAAUGGUGGCAUAAUGUAUUUGAAAUGACGUAAAUGUGCCAGAGCGAAUCUAAAACUGAAAUUGGAGCAAAGUCCCAAAGAGCAGUUCAUCUUGAGUGAGCCUUAUAGGAAAUGAUAGCAUUUCCGUUCCUUGUGGAUUUAGAAAUGCAGCCAUUUAACUGUUAUUUAAGUAAAGUUUCAAGGUUUCACUUCAAUGAAAUAUGCAAACAGAUUUCUGUGGGGGGGGGGGGGAAUUAUGGCGAAGAAUAAAGUUUCUUACAAGUUUUAAUGCUGCAUGACUCUUUCUACAAAGUAACAUCAUAAUCAAAGUUGGGUUUGAUUAAUACUCAAUUUCAAAGUCAGUAUUGUUAUAUAGUAAGUUGUAGACAUAUUUAAACCAGUCAAAAACAGUUCUGUGAAACUCUCGCUUUAUAGAAUUGCCUCAAUGCUACCUAUUGCCUAAAAGAAUGUUGGUUUGACGUCAAGAAAGUGCAGGAUUUUUACUUUAAGUAAAUAGCCUUUUUCUUACGAAGAUAUUGACUGUAAUGAUGGACAAAGUUGUACACAUUAAUUGCAAUGACAGAAGAUUUCAAUGUUCUGGCAUGCUGUAGAAGUUAGUUUUUUUUUUGUUUUUUUUUUUGUUUUUUGUUUUUUGUACAGAGCAGGUAACCUGCAAUGCUUUGGAUUUAUACAUUGUAUAGUUGUACGAAUUCAUUUUAAAAUGCCAUAUGCAUCCCAAAAAAAAAAAAAAACAAAAAGAAAAAGAAAAAACCUUUCUGCCUGGUUAGCUUUGUAUUUCAAAUGUGUUGCAUAAGUCCAGCAAUUUUUUUAUUCUACUUUUUUUGGCUAUUGUAUGUUUAUUUUAUAAUAAAACUGUCAAACGUAAUGAACAAAAUUGAGAUGUAGUUAUGUUGUUUUUAAAUGUUUAAUGUCUGUUUUAAAAAAUGAAUAAAAUGUGAAUAAAAAUGGUAUGAGCCAAA